GUCGACGUGCCUCAGAUGCCAAAAUCGACAAAGUUUUCCGUGCAGAGUGUCAAGAAUCUGAUUGGUGGUGAUCGCAUCAUCGAAGUGAUCGAAGUGAAUUGUCAAGGAAGUCGUCAGAUGACACUCACUGAUUUCAUCAAAUACUACAGUGAUCCAUCGAAACGAACGGUUCUGUUGAAUGUUUUAUCGCUGGAAUUCUCGAUGUCACCUCUCGGUGAAAAAGUCCUAUCGCCGGCACUUGUCAGAGAGAUCGAUUGGGUCGAGCUCUAUUGGCCACCUGAGUUGAGGGUCGUUGAUGAUUCGGAUGGCGAUUUUCAACCACCGUUUCCGAAAGUUCAGCAUUAUUGCUUGAUGAGUGUCAAGGAUUGUUUCACAGAUUUUCACGUUGAUUUUGGUGGCACCUCCGUGUGGUAUCAUAUACUCAAGGGCAAAAAGGUGAUUCGUUUCACUCUUCCCUUAUUAUAUAUGUGCUACACAUCGUAUUCAGAAAGGCGUUUUUGUUUAUGA